UUAACGUUUAAUUAUAAGAAUUACAAACCUUAUCCUCCUGAUUUCCUCGACAAAAGUAAAUAAAAAAAAUAAUGAUCUAAAUUUUAGAAUUAAUAAUUAUAAGAAUUAAAAGACUUAUCCUCCUGAUUUCCUCGACAAAUAUUGAAGGGGCGGCGGCGAUACUUCGACCCUAACGCCUUUGCUCGCCUCUUGAUGGCGGACCACGACGACACCCCGCCUGAGCCGCCUGCGGUCCGUCGCCGUCGCAGCUCAAUUGGAUGCCGCCGCAAUGAUGUGCUGCAGCAGGAUGGCUCAGCCGAGGACCGCCUCACUUCCCUCCCCGAAGACCUCCUCUUCUCCGUCCUCUCCUUCCUCUCCAUCAAGCAGUGCGUCGCCCUUUCGGCCGUCUGCUCCCACUUCCGCCGCCGCCUCCCCUCCCUCAUCCCCCGACUCGACACAUUCAGGCUUUACGUCGUCGGCAAUGUCAUCCCCCUGCAGCAGACCUUCCCCCGCGCCCUGAUCCGCCAAUGCCACAUCCUUUUCUCCGACGUCACAUAUUUAUUCAAUCGCCUCGAGCGGCUGCUCGUCAAGGAUGUCGUCGAGUCGGGCGUCCAAGAUCUCACCCUCGAAUACUCCGGCGAGUAUUGGAUGAAUUUCAGUAUCAGGAAACAUUGCGGCUUCUUGGGCAUCAAGUCGGUGAGGAGUCUCUCCUUGCACAAUAUUGCGGUCGGCCACCCUCCGCCCAUUGCCUGCACCCUUCUCACCUCCCUCAAAAUGGAAUAUUGCAGCCUUCUCUAUUAUGAUUUCCUGUUGGCCUUGCUCGCCUCCUGUCCUUUCCUCGAGACUCUGCAUGUCCUCUGUUGCCACGACCUCUACAUGAGCAAACUAAGCAUCCACUCCGCCUCCAUCAAGCAUCUAGUCGUAUUAUACAAGACUCCCAUCUUCCGCCCCAUCGACGUCCACUGCCCAAAGCUUGAGUCGCUCACCAUCAACGGCACUGCGCUGCGCAUUGAAACGCCCAAGGUCCGGAACGCGUCGUUACUUCUUAGCCUCAAUCCACCGGAAUAUACUUCAAAUGCAUUGAUGAAGCUUCUCGGAGUUCCUUCUUGUGUAACAGCUGCUUUUCCAAUGGCAACCGUUUGUCUCAUGCUGAGGCUGAAUUCUAGCACAAUCCCAAACAUAUUAGCAGCAGAACACGAAUUUGAUAGAUAUAUUUAUCCGGAAAUCAAAGAGGACGCCGCGAUCUUCAACUUUGACUUCAAUCUGAAAGAUCAAUCAUCGUUAAUGAUAUUAACCCAGCUGCUCAAGGUGCACAAUGGCUACAAUUCUGAGUUUGGUAUACAUGUAGAUUCUACUCGUAUAAAGAGCACCGAUGAAACAACAAGGGUCGAUCAAUUGCUUCAUGGCUCUACAGACGUAGAGCUAAUUAACUUACAAAUGAGAAUGCCCGAGAAGACGUUUGAAGGGUUUCUCUCGAAUCCGAAGAAGAUGGAGGAAUUAAAGCAAGUGGGAUUGCAAAAGUUGAAAAGUCGCACAAGCAGAGAGCAGUUCAACGAUAUAUUAGCAUCCAAUGAGCCCUUACUCGAAGUAUCCUCCAGUAUUACUAACUGCAUUGAAAUGAAAUUUUAGCGUAAUCAAUAUGAAUGUUUUCGCCCUUUGUUAAUUAACUUGAAGAGAAAUUCUUAAGUAUUGGAUUUGAGUCUCA